AUGUUUAAUGAUCCAGUUUUAUGCUUAUUUCCAUCGCCCCGGAGAGGGGCCCUCCUGGCCAGACAAGGAUUGCACAGCAGCCUACUGUACCGCACAGCCCCUAUCGCCAAUCUCAUUCGCCGCAUCACUUUUCUCCGUUCCAUCAUGUCAACUUUCAUGACGAAGUCCUGCUUCAUCAACGCGGCCGCCAUUCCCACUACUGCCUGCAGGCUAUUCUCGUCCACCACUUCGCACCAGCGCCCCGCCUUCUCCACCGGCAUAUCCAUCCGUCGUCACGCACGAUCUACCAUCCGCACCUCUCCGCCACUCCACCGCCACAUCCCCCAUGCCUCAGCCACGCAAGCCACCCCUCCCUCGCAGUCGGCCACGCUCGUCCGAACAGUCAUCUCUCAAGUCGUCUCUCUCUCCAUCCUCGUUAACAUCCAAGCCUUCGUGGCCGCCCGCCUCGCCGCUCUGGGCAUCACCUUCCCAGCCCCUCUGGCUGCCAUGCUUCUUAUUUUUUUCGUCCUCUCGCUAACUCGCUACCUGGGCCAUUCUCAAACCGUCGACUGGGCCUGCAUGCACUACUUCACCCCGGGCGUCGCAUUCCUCAGCCGCUGGCUCGCCGUCUUCUUCGUCCCGAAUCUCGUCAUGCUGCCACUCGCUCCGCAGCUCCCGGCUGCCGAUCUCGCAAAGAUCGCGUUCAUCAUCGUCGCAGGGUUUUUUACCUCUUUGUUUUCGUCAGCUGUCACUUGCUCCUUCCUGCGCUUUGCAGUGCGGAAGACAACGGGUCGAACUCCGCCCAAGGUUAUUUCGCAGACCGUCACGUCCACCCCUCCAUCGAACAUGCUCAUUGGAUCUCUUGCCGCAAUCAUCGCUUUGACACUUGCUUUUUCCGUUCGCGCCGCCUCAGUCACGUGCCUACCCGCUAAGAUUUUCGCCCUUUCCGCCACUGUCCUCACAUUUUGCAUUGGGCAGCGCCUUCCUCGUCAGCUCAAGGCAGUUUUCCACCCGCUUAUCACCUGUACCGCGGGUACUAUUGGCCUAAUGGCACUGCUCGGCUCGGCAACUGGCCUCGGAUUCACGACCGCUUUGUCGUCUUACUAUAUUCGCACGGCCGGUGCGUGGGGUGGGGGUAAUGUCCUUGCAACACUCCUAGGGCCCGCCGUUAUCACUUUUGCCUUCACCAUGGAUGCCCAACGCAAACUGGCUCUGGCUCGCGUCGUCGAGGUUGUCGGCACUACGCUCGCUGCCACACUCACGGCUCUGUUCGGCACGGCCGUGGCCGCUCGCGCUCUAAAGAUGACCGGUGCCUCUCGCCUCCUAGUUGUUCCGAGGACGAUUACGGCACCGUUGGCCGUAGCGAUUGCGGAAUUGUUGGGAGCCAAUGUUGGGCUUUCAGCUAGCGUGGUCGCGUUGACAGGGCUGCUGGGCGCAAGUAUUGGUGCGACAGUUCUAUCGGCAGCGCGUGUAAAGGACCCCGUCGUUCGGUAUUGGGACCCCUGCCCGCUUCCCUUUUGGUUCCGUUUACUGCACAAAAAAAGUAGCUGGUGCGAGUGA